GCAUAUUGAGUAGUAAAAUCAGUGGGGAAGUAACUAGAUGGAUUGUUGAUAAGGCUCGGCCUGUUUGAAGAAACAAUAAACCUGAUAUAAUAACGUCGAAUCGUUCUCAAUUACACAGUCAAUACAAUGAUUCUAACUGUAAAACCACUUCAAGGAAAGGAGUGCAACGUACAGGUAAGCAGAGCAAAAGUCAGACCGGAGCCGGUAGCUAGCUAUGCUUGGCUAGCAGCUAAUGCUGUUUUCAUGCACAACGGGCUUCGGCACAGGUUACAGUUAGUAAACUAGCUAGUUAGCAUGUUUAAAGACAUUUGUAUUUUUUUUAUGUAGCUAACGUUAGCUACUGAGUGUCUUGAUACAGAUGGUGUUCACAGCAGGGCUGUAACUUAAUGAAAUGGAAGCUAGCUAGCUUUCUUGUUCGUACUAGUAGUGAAGAUAGGUAGCUAACGUUGUAGUUGUGGUUCAGAGCAUUAGUGCGCGUUCCUCUCCUUACUAGCUAGCUAGUGAAGAUAAUGUGCCUGAUCAGACACAGGUCAGCAGCUCUGCAAUUGUGAGCACUGCUUUUGUCUCUCGGGCAUGUCAGGAGGACUUGUUCAAUUAUAUCAAUUGUGCUGCAGCUCAUCAAUAAAGUAAAGAAUAUUAAAUGUCAGUUGUUUAAUCUUGUCACAAUUUCAGGUCACAGAAGAUGAAAAAGUAUCCACUGUGAAAGAACUGGUGUCUGAACGUCUGAAUAUACCUGCAAAUCAGCAGCGAUUGCUUUACAAAGGGAAAGCCCUUGCAGGUACCUACACCGAGGCCAACUACUGUAGCUUACUUAGAUUUGUGUGUAUUGGGUAUAUGUUGUGAAAUUGUUAGAUAUUACUUGUUAGAUAUUACUGCACUGUCAGAGCUAGAAGCACAAGCAUUUCGUAACACGAUUAGAUUCUUUACACAUUGACCCUCUGCAUGCUUUAAUACUCUUUGUAACAUUCAUACCUGUACAUACAUUGAGUAUACCAAACAUUAGGAACACCUUCCUAAUAUUGAGUUGCACACCCCCCUUUCGCUCUCAGAACAGCCUAAAUUCGUCAGGGCAUGGACUCUACAAGGUGUCGAAAGCGUUCCACAGGGAUGCUGGCCCACGUUGACGCCUAUGCUUUCCACAGUUGUGUCAAGUUGGAUGGAUGUCCUUUGGGUGGUGGACCAUUCUUGAUACAUGUGGGAAACUGUUGUGAAAAGUCCAGCAGCAUUGCAGUUCUUGACAUAAACCAGUGCGCCAUUGCACCUACUACCAUACCCCGUUCAAAGGCACUUAAAUAUUUUGUCUUGCCCAUUCACCCUCUGAAUGAUUCUUUAACAUGUCUCCUCCCCUUCAUCUACACUGAUUGAAGUGGAUUUAACAAGUGACAUCAAUAAGGGAUCAUAGCUUUCACCUGGUCAGUCUGUCAUGGAAAGAGCAGGUGUUCUUAAUGUUUUAUAUACUCAGUGUAUACUAAAGCUAUACACAUCUUUGUCAAUUUUCCUUACAGAUGAACAUAGAUUGAGUGAUUAUUCCAUUGGGCCAGAGGCCAAGUUAAAUUUGGUGGUUCGUCCAGCGGGGGAGAGAAGUGGAGUGGCUGGGAUGGCUAGCAGUAGCUGUGCUGUCGGUGGGGUGUGGCAGACUCUGUCCACUGUCCUGGCGAAGCAUUACAGCCCUGCAGAUGCAGCUAAAGUGCAAGAACAGCUUGUCAAGGUACAGUAUUUCCAUUAACAAGAGUAGUCAGCUGUUGGUCCAUAUCCAUAGGUCUUAUCAUGCUCACCAACAAAAACAAGACAAUCAGGAAAUAUAUUAUUCUGAUUUCGGAGUAUAUAAGCUGCUUUGCAUGCACACCCAUUGAAUACUCUGUUUCAACACUACAAUAAUUACCAAUUAAGUGUUUAAGAACAUCCCUCCAUACUUUCGCUGAAGUACAGAAUUCACUGAAUGUUCUCACCUUGAGACUGUGUAGUUACAACUACUUUUGUACUGUAUGAAUAAUUGUAUAAUUCUCCAGCUAUCAAUUAACACUGCUUUCUCUUCCACAAGGAUUAUGAACGUUCACUUCGGCAACUCAGCCUGGAUGACAUUGAACGCCUGGCUGGGCGACUGCUUCACCCAGAGAGUGAGGGCAUGAACACAACAUACAUGGAUUGAGAGACUACCUGUCUGACAUGACAGUAUUCUGGCGAUUCCCAGAGGAGCAGUGGGUCAAUUUUUGAAGAGCAUGGCAGGAGAACUGCAGUGUAAAUUGACUUUUCAUGCUGAGAAUCCCCAGUGUCAGCCUGAUAAAGGUUUAAUUUUACAGGGAUAAAAUGAACGCUUGACUAUAGUCUUACUACAAAGCUUCCAGAUUACAGCCUGGCUUAAAUGAUUAUUUUCUUUUCAGUCAUUCCAGUUCAAUUAAUAGGAUAUUUUCACUUGAUCAAAUCGACUGAAAUGAGAGCCAAUCCCUUUUGACUGUUGGUCUAAAGUUAUCUGUGGCUGCUACAUCAUGUUACAAGAGGACACAGAAAAAUUAUGGAAGGUCUUAUUUAUAAGCAAUGUGUUGGAAAUGAAUUAUAUGUUUUCUGUAAACUAUCUGUAAGAAGGUGAGUGGAGCCUGUCUGUUCUGGUUAGUGUUGAUCAAUGCAGCCAUUGUAUGAUUUGUAAAUAUUGUGUUUAUACAAGCAUUAAAAAAGAAAAGUUAGUUUUUCCCUAAAUUCCAAAUACAGUACAACUCAACAGGCCUAGCCCUAGUAUGAAAAAAGCACAAUCUACCUCAAAUACUCCUGUCAUAAUUCUACCUUUUUAUUCAACUGUCAGGAAGUUAUUAAACAAUUUAUAUUAAAGAUAUAGGGAUUAUAUUUCACUUCUCCAUACAACCGUAUACAUUUGUUAUAUACAACUGAUGAGGACCUGCAUAUGGUUGUAUUUGUAUAUAUUAUACAUGGAUGGUUUAAAAAAUAUACAAAUCAUAAGGUCAGAUUGUGUGUGAGAGCGACAUUCUGCCUUAUCUAUGAUAGCAGGAUGUGCUUUGCCCUGCAUAUUGAACAUCCUUAGCUGGGAAAAGCUAUUUCAACUCGCAUCUAACAAGAUGUCCAGUUUUGUAUAAUCAAUAUGACUUGAUAACAGGAAUUUGCCUCUGACUGCAUUAUCCAUAUUAGAGAGAUACAGCACACAUUGUUGAUCAUAUUGGAUUUCCUAGUGAGAGCUUUGUCUCCUCUCCCACCACCUACUGUACACACACACACACACUGUCACACUUGAGUCCCAUUUCUACACUAUUUCAAAUCAGCAGCUCAAAACUGUCUUCCAUUUCUUCUCCAUUGUUCAUGCAAAUAUGCUGUACAU